UCACUUUGUUAUAUAUAAUUUAUUUUCUGUUUAUUUUUGUGUAAUGGCUCCGGCUCCAGUCACGGAGCUCUGAUUCUUCAGCUUUGGCCAACGAUCUCCGUUGAGGAGGUUGCUUUCCAGCGUGCCUCUCAUGGUCAUGGGCGACGACUAGGAUUGUGGUGGAUUUUAGUCAUUUCUUCCUGUGGUCUGGUCAAUCCCUUCCCGUGGUGGUGAUGCCAGGCAUUCUGAUGGAUGGAGUCACUACAAACGAGGCUUCAACUGAGGUGAAUUCUUCUAACAUCAAAGAAAACUCAUCCUCACCUAGUAAAUUGUGUGCUCCUCCGAGCGAGAGGGAAGCUCCAAGCAAUGCGGAGAAUCUUCCAGUUGAGAGUUACAAAGAACCCACAAUCGAGCAGUUGUUUGAUAAUGUACGGGAGUUAGGAAGCUCGAGCGAUGGGUCACAGUCUCAUCAUAGCUUUGGUUCUGAUGGUGAAGAAUCUAGGAUUGACUCAGAGCUGCGCCAUCUAGUAGGUGCAGAGAUGGAUGCCAUUAGAGUAAUAGAAGAGGAGGAAGACAAUAAUGUGACAGAAGUAGAAAAUGGUUCUGAAGAUAAGAGACAAGACAAUAUCACUAAGGUUCAAUCUCCAAAUGUGUCUUCUGGAUCAUCCAAAAAGCCGAGAAUGCCUUUGCACUUGCAGUCGCAGUCAGAAUCCAACGUACCCAUAAAGAGCAGCAUGAGCAACAAAAACACUCCUGAGAAAGAUGACCAAAAUGGAGCAGCAUCUAAUAUGAGAGUCAGUCGUACAAAAAAAAAGAGUUCAGCAAGGAGUGAGGUGAAGUUACUCAAUGGAACAUUGGAUUCAUCUGAAUCUGGUUUAGAAAACCCUGAUUUAGGGCCUUUCUAUCUUAAGCAUGCAAGAGAUCUAAUUGCUUCUGAGAAUCCGCUUAGAGCUUUAAAAUAUGCACUCCGAGCAGCCAAGUCAUUUGAGAAAUGUGCCGGUCAGAAGCCAAGCUUGGAUUUGGUAAUGAGUCUGCAUGUCAUAGCAUCAACCUAUUGCAAAUUAGGAAAGUUUGUGGAGGCUGUACCUGUUCUUCAAAAAUCUAUUGAAAUUCCAGUGCUUGAAGAAGGCAAAGACCAUGCCCUUGCUAAAUUUUCUGGUUAUAUGCAGUUGGGUGAUAUUUUUGCCAUGUUGGGCCAGUUAGAUAAUUCACUCCAAUGCUACUCCAUGGGACUUGAAAUUCAGAAACAGACACUAGGUGAUAUGGAUCCGCGGGUUGGUGAAACUUGCCGCUAUUUAGCUGAAGCUAAUGUUCAAGCAUUGCAGUUUGACGAGGCAGAAAGACUGUGCCAGAUCGCUCUCGACAUCCAUGGGGAGAAAGGUGAGAUAUCCUCUUUAGAAGAAACUGCUGAUAGGAGACUGAUGGGUCUCAUUUGCAACACCAAGGGUCACCAUGAAGCAGCUCUUCAACAUCUAGUUUCAGUAAGCUCGGCAAUGGUAGCCAAUGGCCAGGAAACUGAGGUAGCUUCAGUUGACUGCAGCAUUGGCGAUAUCUAUCUCUCGUUGGGGCGAUAUGAUGAGGCUGUGUUCGCAUAUCAGAAAGCACUCAAUCUUUACAAAACUACUAAAGGAGCCAACCACCCAACUGUUGCAUCAGUCUUUGUACGACUCGCUGACUUGUACAAUAAAACAGGGAAGUUUAAGAAUUCCAAGUCAUAUUGUGAAAAUGCUCUCCGCAUUUAUACCAAGCCUAUUCCAGGGACUUCUACAGAGGAAAUAGCCAUGGGCCUGACUGAUGUAUCUGCAAUAUAUGUGUCCAUGAAUGAGCAUGAACAGGCACUCAAGUUACUCCAGAAGGCCUUGAAGAUGUAUAAUAAUUCUGCUGGACAGCAAAGCACCAUUGCAGGUAUUGAGGCACAGAUUGGUGUACUCUACUACAUAAGAGGAAAUUAUGGCGAGUCUUAUUCUUCAUUCAAGAAUGCAAUAGAUAAGCUUCGAGCUUGCAGGGAAAAGAAAUCAGCUUUCUUUGGAAUUGCUUUGAACCAGAUGGGAUUAGCUUGUGUACAAAGGUAUGCUAUAAAUGAGGCAGCUGAAUUAUUUGAGGAAGCCAAAAGCAUUCUGGAGCAAGAAUGUGGGCCGUAUCAUCCAGACACACUUGGAGUGUACAGCAAUCUUGCAGGAACUUAUGAUGCAAUGGGAAGAUUGGACGAAGCCAUUGAAAUCUUGGAAUAUGUACUCAGACUUCGAGAGGAAAAGCUCGGAACAGCCAACCCUGACGUAGACGAUGAGAAAAGGAGGUUGGCUGAGUUGCUGAAGGAAGCUGGGAGAGUCCGAAAUAGAAAAAUUAGGUCGCUCAAAACUCUCCUCGACACCAAUCCACAAACUGUUACGAACGAUGCAACUCGAUCAUGAAGCAUGAUGUACAUUUAGAAACUUAAUUGCUUGUGCACUGAUUUUUUCAUACCAAAUUCUUACACUUAUGGGGACAUAAGGGCUGUGUGAUUGCGAUAUUGGAUCCGUUGUAAAUGAUUAUUCUACCAUUUUCUUUCAAUUGUUUACCAAAACCAUUUGAUUAUGAGCUGCUGUUCGUGAGAAUUGAGCUAAAAUGAUUGUCCUUUAAAA